CGCGGCAUGUAAUGCGACAUCUUGCUGUAAUUUUCUACAUCUUGAAGAUAUUCGCGGAUAUUCUGCUUUGAACAAAAGCCGCCAAAGACGACAAGGAGGAGAUCGCGCGAACGCCAACCACAGCCAGCGAACACGAGCACACCUGCUCCACCGACCUGACGAUGUCUGACACGGAGAGCAACGACAAAGGCGCAGCUGCCAAGCGCACUGCUGAUGAGGCAGAGGCAGCAGAGGCAACCGAUGACAACCACGAGGACACGCCGUUCCCCAAGCGCAAAACGGUGGACAUGGUCGAAGACGACGACGAUUACGAGUCGGAUGAUGAGGAGCGCGGGACGGUGCGCCACCGCGCGCGCGAGGCCCACGAAUCCAUGGAGGAGGAAGGCGAUGGCGACGAGCCCUCGCGCAACGGCGGUGACGCCAAGCAAGGCGACAAGGCGUCCACCGACACAGACAAGCAAAGUUCCGCAGACAGCAAGGGCCGCGCCCACAGUACCAGGUCCAACGACGCGCUCCUGCCAAAGCCCAGCCGCAAGUUCAAGACCCCAACCUCACAAGAGGAAGCUGAAGGCACCAUCACCGUGUCCGAGUCCCAGACCAGCUUCCUGCACAACUCGCCCAUGGGCCGGACAGAGGGCUACAGCAACCGGCAGUGCAUUGAGGCCACAGCAGACGUGAUGACGCGGUUUGUGAGUCGCACCGUCCUCUCCAUCCGCGGCAGGGCCAAGAACGUCGAGCAGGCAAAGUUCUACCUUGAUCUCUUCCUCAACCAGCGAAACGGCCAAGUGUAUCUGCCGAUGGAAGAUGUGGAGCAGCGGGACGACGUGACGCUGCUGCCCAUCCCCUUCAAGGCGGCCGGCAUCGUCAGCGGCAAGGGCGGGUCAAACCUCCGCAUGCUCGAACAGCGGUUCUCCGUCCUCCUCUUCUACCUCAGGGACCGGCCGUUUGGGGACUCGGAGGAGAGUGCAGACAAGGAAGAAUCUGCAAGUCUGCUCAUCUUUGGCACAGUGCCGUCGCGCUGCGCCACGGAGCUCAAGGUGCUUUCCCUCAUCGACUUUAAGCUCCAGGACUACGUCAAGCCAACGUUCAUCACAGAGAUGACCCGCAGGUCCGCUGCGCAGCCGCGGUGUUGGCGUGGGGCAGUGUGA